UUCCAGUGCAGCGUUGCCAACGGAUUCAAGGCAGCAACAAACGGCGCCAAAAUAGCGCACGCAAGCAAAAGUGCAGUGCGAAAAUCACGGCAGUUUUGUAGCGCCUCUCGGAGCAGGAAACACACUUGCAACCGCCACCAUGAGCAUGAGCAUGGACGAGACCAUUUGCGCGUACUUCGUGAACAACCUGAAGCCGGGCGACGGUGGCGGCCAGGAGGCCGACACACUGGAGCAGUUCGAGGCGUCGCUGGAGCUACUGGGCCAACAGUUGGCGGAAACCCAGAUCCGGCAAAUAAAGCCCAGCGAGGGAUAUCCCCUGAUCGCAGCCGGCAACCUGACCAAGAAGGACGUCUUUGUACUGGCCCAGUUCGAGGGCGAGUUCUUCGACCAAUUGCAGCAGACGCGAGCUCUGAUAUUGGGGCCGCCGUGCCUGAUUACAUGCCUACGGCGCAGUGAACCCAUUCCCGAGGGCAGCAGUGCCAUCUACACCACGGCGAUGAGAGAUCUACAGGUCUCGGCCACGGGCAUAACACCACAAAAGAAAGAGGAAUUGAGCAAGCUGAUAAACUGGAUGGGCGGCAAAUACUUUCAGAGUUUUGGGCAUCGCACCACCCACCUCAUAUCGAACACCAUCAAGUCCAGCAAGUACGAGCAGGCCACGCUGAACGGAGUGCCCGUUAUGCACGUUGACUGGGUGCAGUAUGUCUGGGAUCAGAGUCGUCGCAGCCAGCGCGAAGGUAUCAAUGCCACAGAUCCUGAUUUCGACAAGUACCGUCUGCCCAUCUUCUUUGGGGCGAACAUCACUUGCAGUGGAUUGGAUGUGGCGCGCAAGGAUCAGGUCAUGCGGGUGGUCAACGAGAAUGGAGGCAUCUAUCAUCGCGCCUUCCGCUCCCAGGUGGUGGACAUCGUCAUUACGGAGCAAUCAAAAACGGAUACCGAGAAGUAUAAGGCGGCCAUACGCUACAAGAAGGAUGUCUUGCUGCCGGAAUGGAUUUUCGAUAGCUUCAAGCGCGGCUAUGCCCUGCCCACAAAGGACUAUGAGGUGCGGCCUGGCAAGACGUCGUCCACACCCACCAAGGGCACUCGUCCGGUCGGAGCUCCCGGUGCAGACCAAACGCACCUCUCGGAUCUCUCACGGAUCAGCUUCAUUUCCGGCUCGCGGCGCAUGUGCAGCGAUCUAACUACCGUCAACGAAUCCGUCAGCAGUGUGGGCAGCAGCUCGCCCGCCAAGGAUCUGCUCAAGCAGGCCACCAGCAGUGGCAGAAACUACCAGCAGGUGCUGAGCGAAAUCGAACCGCGGCAGGCGAAAAAGGCGGGCGCCUUCCUGGAUGGUUGCUGUGUGUAUUUGAGUGGCUUUCGCUCAGAGGAGCGGGAAAAGCUAAACAGAGUGCUGAAUACGGGCGGAGCGACACGCUACGAUGAGGCCAACGAGGGCAUCUCACACAUCAUUGUGGGCCAACUGGAUGACGCCGAGUACAGGCAGUGGCAGCGCGAUGGUCUCAUGGGUUCGGUUCAUGUGGUGCGCCUAGAUUGGCUGCUGGAGAGCAUUCGAGCUGGUCGCGUGGUCAAUGAGUUGGUGCAUCGUGUGUCGCUGCCACAAAAUCGAGAACCAGACGUUGCCUCCCCUGCCAGCAAGCGAACCCUGCGCUCCAUGAACCACAGCUUCAAGCAGCCAACAUUGCCCAUCAAGAAGAAGCUCUUCGAUCAGGAACCGGAUGCAGUACAGCAACAGGAGCACGAGGAACCGGAUCAUACCUUGCUGGAUCAGUACUCACAGGAUCAAGGAGCAGUGGCACAGCUGCCACCGGCGGAUGUCAGUCUCCUCCAACCAGCGGCAAGUUCCACCCAAAUGGAGAUACGCCCGCCCGUCUCGGUGGCCAAUCCUAAUCCUGCUGCUGCGGGUAUGCCAUUGCCCGACCUCAGUGCCAGCACUCUAUCCAUUGAUUUCGAAAAGCUGGACUACUUUGCUGGUGUCUCUGUCUAUGUGCACAGGGAGUGCUUCAAUGAGGAGUUCUUUAAUCAAAUGCUGACCGAGUGUGAAGCUGCUCAAGGCUUAUUGGUGCCAUCAAGUUUCUCCGAUGAAGUGGAUUUCGCCAUCGUCAGCUUCGAGGUACCCUUAGACGUGAAGGAACUACCCGUCAAGGCUCGUCAUGUGGUCACCGAACUGUUCCUGGAAAGCUGCAUGAAGAAGAAUCAGCUGCUGCCCGUCGAAUAUUACCACAAACACGUGCCAGCUCCUGCACUGCGUCAGCCGCUUAAAGGAAUGACCAUUGUGGUGUCCAUCUAUGCAGGAUUGGAGCGGGACUUUAUUAAUGCGGCAGCAGAGCUACUUGGCGCCUCCGUCAAUAAGACUUUCAUCAAGAAGGAGAAGCCGCUGCUGGUGUGUCCCAGUGCCGAGGGCUCAAAGUACGAAGGUGCCAUUAAGUGGAACUAUCCCGUGGUCACAUCCGAGUGGCUGGUGCAGUGCGCCCGUACUGGCCAGAAGCUGCCCUUCGUCGGACACUUAGUGGGCAAGAGCCCCGAGGACUUCCCCAUAUCUCCGCGCUUGCGGGACAGCAAUACUCGAACACCAAGAAGACCGAAUGAGUCCACGUUGGUGAACCAACCAGAUGUUACCAUGGAGGAGGCGGAGAACCAACCGGCGGGAUCUGUCACACCGGUUGCUGCUGCCAAUCCAGGAGCAGGAGCUCCAGAACUGACGCCCCUGCGCAACAAAAGAGUUUCCGAGCUAGCCGGAAUACCCGCGGGCAGUGCUCGUCGUCGUAGCACCAGCUCCACACCUUCCCUCGAUUCUCCAUGCACGCCACUCAGCCAGGCGGGUGCCCAGAAGUACAACCUGGACUUCCUAGAGCAAUUCGUGCAACGCCUGGAUACAGAUGAGGGCAAGGAUUGUGUGCGCGAGAUUAUCCGUGAGAUGCAAGAGAACCAAACGCCGGAACUGGAACGCAUUCGGCGGCAGGCCUGCACGCCCGUCAGUCGUAAGCAUCAACGACCAGCCCCAGGAAUUCCGGAUUUUUGCCUCACUCCCGAGUUCCAGCAGCGGAUGGCCGAUGAUUUUGAGCGGCGCUGGCGCCUGCCGACCCAGAAAAUCAAACCAGACACACCGUUGGCCGUCAUCAGGCAGCGUGUGAUGCGGAUUACAUGCGAAACUCUGGGUAUAGAAUAUGAAGAAAGUAGUGCUAAGGCGCAAGACGUAUCGGAACCGCCAUCAACGCUAAAGAAGAUGCCGCCAGCCAGGGCUCAGGGCACCAAACUGAACUUUGAUAGAUCACCGAAAACACCCAAGCUAUCGGUAGGUAAAAAGACGCCACUCAGGGUGUCCACGGGCUCACCCCGAAGCAGAACGCUAUCCCCCUUCAUGCCGAACACACAGAGUCCGAACGAUGCAGCACCGCCACGGCGAUCAGAUGGACCAAACUUAAGCGAGGAAGGUCAAAGCACCAUUAACUUUGACAAGAUUAGCUUCGAGGAGUCGGCCGUUCCCGUAAUCGCCCCAGAUAUUCCCGCAGUGGCCCCAGAUGUCAAGCAGAUCACUGACUAUCUAAAGAACUGUGAAUCGCGGAGGAACAGCCUGAAGCGCAGCCACGACAACGACAUGGAUUGCGGCGAGAGCGAGGUGCAGUAUGUGCAGCCCUUCGAGUCCGAGGGCUUUGCUCUGGGCACCGAGGACAUGGUCGACUGGCGCGAUCCGGCGGAGUUCAAUGCGGCAAAGAGGAGAUCCUCUGGCGGUUCACCCAAAAUGCAGUAUGCUGGCAUUCCGUGCUUCAGCAUCUCGUGCGGUGAUGAUGAUGAAAAGCGGGCGGAACUAAUCGAACGGAUCACCCAACUGGGUGGAAAAGUAUGCGAGAAUCUGGUAAACUAUGACGAUGCCUGCACCCAUCUGCUGUGCGAGCGUCCGAAUCGCGGUGAGAAGAUGCUGGCCUGCAUUGCGGCCGGAAAAUGGGUACUCAAUAUCCAGUAUAUCGAACAGUGUGAUGCGCGUGGACACUUCCUGGACGAAACAUUGUACGAGUGGGGCAAUCCAAAGGCCAUUAACUUGCCCACCCUGGCACCGGAGGAGGAGCCCAUUGCUGCCGCCGUCCAUCGUUGGCGCACAGAGUUGGGUGCGUGCGGCGGUGGCGCCUUCUCCGAUCACCGGGUGAUACUCAGCAUGAACGAGAGGAGCGGGGCGCCCAUCAGGAAUGUGCUGCGUGCCGGCGGCGCCUGCAUCCUGGAGCCCAGCACGCCGUUUUCCAAAGAUCCAGUGGCCAAAAGUGCCACCCAUUGCUUUGUCGAUGUGAAGAAGGCGCCGCUGUCGUCCCAGGACAUGGACUAUCUGCACAAAUGUGGUGUCCAGGUGCUCAGCCAGAUUGCCAUCAACGCCUAUUUGAUGAACGGCAGGGAUGCCGAUCUGGGAAAGUACCACCUCCUUUAAAUGGAUGUGCUCAUCAUCACAGUCUUUGUACUUUCAAUUGAUUUUUUUGUUUUUGUUCGAAAUUGAUAUUUUCUAGUUAUAUAAACGUUAUUAAUUAAAGCCUUCACCGGUUGAAAUUGAAAUAAGUCUAGUUUAAUCAUUUGUAAAUUUGAAUUUUUGGCUUGUGUUCAUGAUUGAACUGUUUUAUUUUCCUUGCUUAUUCAAAAAAUGUAUACUUUUUGAAAGCAUUGACGGACUUAAAAAUAACCAAACUGAAAUUACUACUGAAAUUUAAGUGCAAACACAAAUGAGAAUUAUAUAUAUUGGUUUUCUGUCUUACAUGAAAAAUUUGGUAAUUUCCAAAAAUAUUGUUGAAAGAUAAUCGUAAUCUUAGGUCAAAAGCUAAAUUAUUUUUAAAGCAAAUUAAACAAAACCUUAACGUA